GUAUGGUUGAACAGCCCACGGCAACCCAAGGCAUUUAAAGCAGAAUUCAGAAAUACUUAUGAAAAGUUCUUUGUAUCCAGAUGAAGACACUGUAGCACUCAUUGAAGUCUGAAGAAAAGAACUCAGCACUAACACUAUAAUUGUGGUGCAGAACUUGGAAUGGGAACACAGAAGGUCGUAAGCUUAAUAGCUGGUUCUGAUAGAGGGAGGCUUAGUGCAGCACUUAAAACAUUGAUAGGUGUGCUGGCAUUGUUUACUGUAAUCAAUGCAUGUGGAACCAUCUUUGUUCUUCUACAAUGGAGAGAUCUUACCUCUAGAAUUCAGGAACUGGAAGCAUAUCAAGCACCGUCUCAAGAGGACAUGGUGACUUCACACCUGACCCAGCUUAUCUCAGAGCUAAAAGAGGACACAACAGAAGAAGGUGGUUCACAGAUUUACAGGAACAAGAGAAGUCAACGUCACAAGCAACCAGAAACCUAUGUCAGAGCAGAAAAUGAAGAGAUGCUUAUGAUGAUGACCUAUUCCAUGAUUCCGGUUCGGCUUAUGCUAGAUUUAUGUAACAGCACCAAAGGAAUCUGUUUAACAGGACCUCCUGGGCCUCAAGGACCACCUGGGCUGGAUGGAUUACCAGGCUACAAUGGCUCUGAUGGAUUUCCAGGUUUACCAGGAAAAAAAGGGGAACCAGGGGAGAAUGGAAGAAGAGGAAAAAUGGGUGAACCUGGUCCAAAGGGAGAGAAGGGAGAUACAGGUGAAAUUGGAUCUCCAGGAAAUGAUGGCAUGGAAGGGAAAAUGGGAGAAAAGGGGGACAAAGGAGACAAAGGUGAUGCAUCUAAUGAUGUAUUUCUUGAAGGUGUUAAGGGAGAUACAGGACCUCCUGGCCCUCCGGGACCUCCUGGACCACCAGGGCCUGAGGGUCCUCCAGGUAGAAGAAGAAAGGGAAAAUCUAAGCAAAGUGGACAAGAGUUCAACAGCAAAUGCAUUGGAGAGUCUUGUGCUGUACCGAAUGAUGACACCAUGGUGGGGAAAUCAAAUGAGACAAAUAAUGAAAAUAACCCAAAGCAAGGAGAUUGCAUCAUAAAAUCAAUUGAAAGUCCUACUCAUAUUGCUAAAGUGAAAGAUACUUUUGGAGCAUGGAUGAUGGAAUCUUCAAACCGAAGUGAUGACCGAAUUUGGAUUGCUGGGCAUUUUUCAGGUCUGAUAGUAAAACAAUAUGAAAAUCUAACAGAGCUUCUGAACGAUAACUACAAGCCCAUCAAACUACGCUGGUUUUACCAUGGAUGUGGACAUUUAGUGUACAACAAAUCACUGUAUUACCACAAAGGAGGAUCAGACAAAAUUGUAAGGUAUGAACUUGAAACAGGAUCAUUUCAAACGCUGAGCAUCCAAAAUGCUGCUUAUUACAAUCGCAGUUACCUGUUCACAAAUUCCAAGUCCUACUUUCACAUAGCAGCUGAUGAAAACGAUCUGUGGAUCAUCUACUCUUCCGAUAUAGAUAAAACCAUCAUGGUAGCACAUCUAGAUGAAAAAACCUUCUUCAUCACACAACACAUCAACACUACCUACCCAAAGACCAAGGCAGGCAACGCAUUUAUUGCUUGUGGAAUUCUUUAUGUCACGGAUACUAAGGAUCUUAGGGUAACCUUUGCCUUUAACCUUUUAAAGGGGAAGCAGGUUGAAACUAGUUUUGACUUUAGGUCCUCAACGUCUGUUUUGUCAAUGCUUUCAUAUAAUCCCAAAGACCAACAUUUGUACACAUGGGAAGAUGGAUCUUUAUUUAUUUACCCUGUACAUUUUGUAUCCAGAACAUAACUGUUUUAUAUGACAAUGGGCCAGAUUCAAAUCAUUGAGAAAAAGUGAUCUCAUGGUUUAUCAUUUGAAAACUCAUGACUUUUCUCCUAAUUCAGUUCCAUUUUUUUCCCAUCGACUUCAAUAGAGUUUUCACAUGAUAACCCAUGAGAUACAAUUUUCUGAGUCGAAUUGCAUCUUAAAUUGAAUCUCAUCCAUGAGUUUUCAUGUGAUAAAACUUUUUCUCACUGAAUUGAAUCUGGCCUAUGUCUGACGCUAAAAUAUACACUGUUAUUUAUUUGAUGAGAAAGAUAAACCAUAUUAUAUAUUAUCAGUAUAGUUCAGUCAGCACUCACCAACUUGAAAUUCAUGAAAUGCCGAUGCUUGUGACUCGUGGUCCACUCACCAACUGGGUUACAAGACUCCAAUAUACGACACAGCACUUUUAUUUGAAACACAUGGCUUUAGAUCUGCGACAAAUGCAACGUUUCUGGCCUGGUCCCGGCCCUUUAUCAAACUAUAUUAUGCCUGGCUGAUUUGUACAAAAUAUAAGGGACUUGAUUUUAAUAAAUAAAUUGCUGAUAAAAACAUGUCAAAAAGCUUUAAUGAAACUGACAAAAUGCCAUGUUAGAGCUUUACAAUCUCUUCAUAUUUUUUUUACAUAAUCAUUUUACCCCAUUUUUAUUGGAAACCCCAAUUUUCCCAUGUAAUGUGACAAACUAUGGUCAGUUUUCAGAAGCCAAUAAACCUUCCUGUAUGUUUUAAAACACUGGAAAAACACAUGCGGCACAGGGAGAUCAUUCAAACUUCUUAUAGACACUGCCCUGGCUGGAAUCAAUACAAAAAUUGUUAAUUCGGGGGGAGUCCAAUCUGCCAGUCCAUAUAGGGCAAAAGUAGCUCCAGGACUUCACCCCAGUUCCAAAGCUCUAUAGAAUAAUUACUCAAAAAAAGUAUCCUGGAAGCUACUAUAUAUAACAGUCAACAGUUUCUAUUAAAUACACAUAGUAAAAAAAAUGUUACCAAAAAUCCAAACCCAGAUCUUCAAGGCAGCAGUGCUAACCAUAGCUCCGGCAGAAUUUAAUAUUGGACAGAAUUGGAAUGCCUGCAAGGAAGAUCUAUUCAAAAUCAAACUGGAGAAUCCAGAAGAAUUUUCAGCAUUGUUUCCCCUAAAUCUGACUCUUAUGCAAAUUUAGCAUUUAUACAGUAAAUCAAGUUGGGUUUUGGUCACUCAUCUCUGUCUGGCACUACUUUAUAACAAGUA